AUGGCAUAGGUGAAUCCACGCUGAAGCAGGUUUCGCCAAUUUGGUUGACAACCUGAAAAAUUACAAAAAUACUCGUUUUAUUUGUCGCCGAUCAGGUUGCGCCUGCGCGAUGUGGUCAUACGUGUUUUUUUGGAGGUAUUUUCUUGAAAAUCAGCAGCUGCUCCAAAGAGCACAGGCGCAGGCAAAGUGCAAUAUCACAGCGAUUCACAGGGGCAAGACAACACGAUAGUCCAAUGGCCGUGCACCAUAGUGGGGCUCAGAUCUGGUAAAAUGCGGUAAUCUCCUCCUGUUCUGUAAACGAGACGGGUCGUUGAAUGUGGAACACGCUCUCCUGUGUGUUUUGGAUGAGCUCCCACAGCCAGAUCCACGUAUUGAGAUGAUCUAUUUUUGCGAUGGCGAAGGGUCUGUUUCCACGGGCCUGGGUGAAAAAGUCUUUCUACUUCCAGGCUCGGAUCUCCUUCGUAAGGGUGAAGUACCUGUUCCUGACAUGGCUGACGGUGCUGGUGGGGAGCUGGGUGCUCUAUGUGCAAUACUCCACCUACACGGAGCUGUGCAGAGGACACGAGUGCAAGAAUGCCAUUUGUGAUAAAUACAGGAAGGGGAUCAUCGAUGGUUCGGCCUGCAGCAGCCUGUGUGACAAAGACACGCUCUACAUGAGCAGGUGUCUGUCAACGCUACCAAAUAACCAAGUGUACACAGGAAGCUGGGGAGACCACGAUGGGAUCAUCCGCUGUAAGUUGGGGGAGGUCGUGCACUACGAGCUGGGUGAGGAGCCGGAGCCCCGGAGAGAAGCCCCCGCGUUCGACAAGCCCACCAGAGGCACGUCAGUGGAGAAGUUCAGAGAGAUGGUGUUCAACCACCUCAAGUCCAAGCUUGGAGAGCAGGCUAAUCUGGCCGGCUUCGUCAGCCAGAUCCUCUCUGUCGCCGAUGGCAACAAAGAUGGACGGGUGUCACUGCCAGAAGCCCGUUCCACAUGGGCCCUACUGCAGAUGGAUGAGGUGCUGCUGGGCCUGCUGCUCCAGGACCGCGGACACACUCCUCGCCUCCUCGGCUACUGCGGAGACCUGUACAUGACUGAGCGAGUCGCUUACGGGCCCCUGUAUGGUCUGUCUCUCCCCUGGCCGCUGGUGUCCUGGGUGCCCAGCAGCGUGCAGCGCACUAUGGACCAGUGGUUCACCCCCUCGUGGCCUCGCAAAGCAAAGAUCUCCAUGGGCCUCCUGGAGCUGGUGGAGGACAUCUUCCACGGUACCUACGGAAGCUUUCUGAUCUGCGACCUCGCCGCGGCGCACUUUGGUUACACCGACCGGCACGAGCUCCGUCUGACGAACCCCCAGACGGUGGUUCCGGAGGACGAGUUCAGACGCAUCAUGCGGGCGCUGAAGUGUGAGACUGAUGCCGACUGCGUGUACGGAGCCGACUGCCAGACGUCAUGCGACGUGUCGGAAAAACGGUGCAGGGAGGAGCCGGUCCAGCCCAACUUGGCAAAGGCAUGCAGUGCACUGAAGGACUACCUCCUGCGCGGGGCGCCGUCAGGGAUGAGGGAGGAGCUGGAGAGGCAGCUGUACACCUGCAUGGCGCUGAAGGGAAAUGCUGGACAGAUGAACAUGGAGCACUCGCUUAUUCUCAACAACUUGAAAGCUCUGCUGUGGAAACAGAUCUCGCACACCAAAGACUCGUGACGAGGAGAGGAAGUCCUUCUGAAAUCGUGGAGCUGAAGAUUAAAGAUGCUGCGAGUUAGGAAUUGCACAUUUAAUGAAGUAGUUUUUAUCAGCUCUUAACACUUAUGAAUGACUCUACAUCCUCCGUGUAGGAGUUAAAUAAACUGAAUGAUUGCAUGUCGUCAUCAGCCACAUUACAUUGCAUUAGUCACAACAGUGGGAUGUUUCGCGGGCACAGCUGUUACUCGUAAACAGAUUUACUGUUACUCUCCAGAGCCGAGACCACAUUGCUGUUUAUACCACAUUAUUUAGAGAUGAGAUUGAAAACUUAAGAGUUGUACAUUGCUCCAGCUGAAAGUGAAAUGCACUAAGAUGGGCUCCUUGAUGUUACGGUUGCUCCUGAGCACCGUGGCAUUAGUGUCGCGUUAAAUGAUUCUGUAUAGAGUCCAAAACUAGCGGUCCCUACUGAGGCUAUGGAUACAUCUUAUGGAAUGAGACCUUAUUUAUUUUAAGUGAAGAAACUUACUUGGACACUUUAAGGUUACGCAAACCAGAGUGAAUAGUGCAAAUGAUUUCUGCAGCGGAUAAAUACCUUUAGUGCACCAAUGAUCGUUUACAGCAGCAGGACACAGUUGUGGUAUGGACUCAACCACAGCACCCGUGUUCCUCACAAUGAAGGAAUGUCCCGCAGUGCAACAAUGUGACAAAUAAUCUAUUUUUGGCUACAGGCUGUACAGGAUUGUUGUCUUUUUAGAAGAAUAAAUAGCAAUGCCUCUAAACGAGGCAGUUCACAUGAUGUAUCGGUCAGUGUACCAUGAGGAUCUUCCUGAGUCUGUACAUCAACGACACAUGGAAUAUUAUUGUAUUUUAUUUGGUUUAAGAAUGUUCUUGUAUUUCUCACUGAAGAGCAUUUAUGGUUGUGCUGUAUCACGUUUUGGAUUGUGUCUCAGUGCCAGAGAUCCAGCUGAAAUCACUUAUGAAUGUUAACUGAAGUGGAGAUGUUGAUCAACCCUCGUGGUCACACUUGAAUGCUAUAUUGAGUAUUUGCCAUGAUCCAUUCCAGACAUUGCUGUGACAGAUGUCAACCUGACUUAAUUUACCACUUUAAGAGCGUUUCAAAACAGACUUGACCUGUAAAGCAUGUUGAACUUGUGGACAAUGCUUUCUUUUCUUUCCUACUUUAAAAAUGUAAAAACAGAGUUUAUCCAUUGGAGACCAGCAUGAUUUUGCACAAAUAAACAUCACACCACUUCA